CUGUGUCACAGGCCACCGGCAGUUUCACAGUUGCACAGGUCUCCGGCCCUGGUCGCGCCCUCCUUCAGUCGCAGUCCCGGUUUCGCGCCCAGGAGCCCCUGGUCCCUCCCCCGCGGACGGCAGCCCCUCCUCCAGAGGCGCGGUGGUGGCCCAGGGGCCCCCGGCUCUUCCGGUGAGUCCCUAGGGCACACGUGCGAAGCCUCUCAGCCCGGGGAGCCCGCGCCGGCCGCUUAGCCUUCGCGGGAGGACGCAGACCAGUUGCAGCCCCCGUCCUCGGCGACUCCUGGCUGUCCUGGCGGCCACGGGUCGCGAGCCCAGGGGUGGCCGAGCCGCCGCGGCGCUGCGGCGGGUGGGCGGAAUGGCGGCCGGCUCAGUGCGGGAGGCCGGCCUGGCCCGGCUGCUCUUCUACCCGACGCUGUUAUACACGCUAUUCCGAGGCAAGAUGCCAGGCCGGGCGCGCCGCGAGUGGUACCACCGCAUCGACCACGUCGUGCUGCUGGGCGCGCUGCCGCUGCGGAGCAUAACGCGCCGGUUGGUUCAGGACGAGAACGUGCGUGGGGUGAUCACCAUGAACGAAGAGUAUGAGACGAGGUUCCUGUGCAACUCCUCAAAGGAGUGGAAGAAAGUAGGAGUUGAGCAGCUGCGGCUCAGCACGGUUGACAUGACUGGAAUCCCAACCUUGGCUGAUAUCCAGAAGGGCGUCCAGUUUGCUCUCAAGUACCAGUCCCUGGGCCAGUGUGUCUAUGUGCAUUGUAAGGCUGGGCGCUCCAGAAGUGCCACUAUGGUGGCAGCAUAUCUGAUUCAGAGCAUUUACAGAGUCAUGGAGUUUAAAGAACAAGGAAAUGUAAAGAUAACUAGCCUGCCUUUGUGUGAUGAACUGGUGUACAAUUGGAGUCCAGAGGAGGCUGUAAGUGCCAUCACCAAGAUCCGCUCACAUGUCCACAUCAGACCUGAACAAUUUAAAGUUCUCAAAGAAUUCCACAAAAUCACUGCAGUGACAGCAAAGAAGUCUUUUCAUACGUCAUAGACAUGAAGUACUUGGAUUUGAAAGAGCUCAAGACAGCCUUGCUUGCUACAGAAUGAAAAAGUUUAACAGGAACAAAAUGGGACUUAAGCCCAGGCUUGACAUAACAGAAAUGUUGCUAAGUAGUAGAUAAUUUUACUCCUUGUCUUGUUUCAUUUUCCUAAAUAACACUGUUGUAUGCCUAGAAA